GCGUCCGCCGCCUCCUCGCUCCUCUCGUUGCCCGCGACCCCUGCACUCGAGGGAGGGCGCUCGCUUGCCUGCUUCCUGCUUCCGCUGCUGCCUCCCGGGCCAUGGCGACCUGCUUGCGGCUGCCGACCUGCGGGGCCCCGCGCCUCCCGCCUGCGUCUCCCGGCCGCGGGCUCUGUCCCCGCGCCGACUGGUCGGUGCCCGCUGCGCGGCCCGCGCCGGGCCGGGCCUGGCUCCGUGGCUAUGCCGGGGGCCCAGGGGGCCUUUCCGCCGCGCUGCUGCGCACAGAUGGCUUCGUGGGUGGCCGCUGGCUCCCGGCCUCCGCCACCUUCCCCGUGCACGACCCAGCCAGCGGCGCCAACCUGGGCAUGGUGGCCGACUGCGGGGUGUCCGAGGCCCGCGCCGCCGUGCGCGCCGCCUACGAGGCUUUCUGCAGGUGGAAGGGGGUCUCGGCCAAGGAGAGGAGCUCAUUACUUCGGAAAUGGUACGAUUUAAUGAUACGAAAUAAGGAUGACCUUGCCAAGAUAAUUACAGCUGAAAAUGGAAAGCCCCUGAAGGAGGCACAGGGAGAAAUUCUCUAUUCUGCCUUUUUCCUCGAGUGGUUUUCAGAGGAAGCCCGUCGCAUUUACGGAGACAUUAUCAGUGUGCCGGCAAAAGACAAGCGGGCCCUGGUCCUCAAGCAGCCCGUGGGUGUGGCUGCAAUCAUCACCCCGUGGAAUUUUCCCAGCGCCAUGAUCACCAGGAAGGUGGGGGCCGCCCUGGCAGCCGGCUGCACUGUGGUGGUGAAACCUGCAGAAGACACGCCCUUCUCUGCCCUGGCCCUGGCCGAGCUGGCAAACCAGGCUGGAAUCCCUCCAGGUGUGUACAAUGUUGUGCCCUGCUCUCGAAAGAAGGCCAAGGAAGUAGGGGAAGCGCUUUGCACUGAUCCUCUAGUGUCCAAAGUCUCCUUUACUGGCUCCACAGCUACUGGAAAGAUCCUCCUGCACCACGCGGCCGACUCUGUGAAAAGGGUCUCCAUGGAGCUGGGCGGCCACGCCGCGUUCAUUGUCUUUGACAGUGCCAACGUGGACCAUGCUGUAGCAGGCGCCAUGGCGUCUAAAUUUAGGAACUCGGGGCAGACUUGUGUUUGCUCAAACCGUUUCUUGGUGCAAAGGGGUAUCCAUGAUUCCUUUGUGAAAAAAUUUGCUGAGGCAAUGAAAGCACACCUGCAUGUGGGUAAUGGAUUUGAGGAGAGAACGACUCAAGGCCCACUGAUUAAUGAAAAAGCAGUAGAAAAGGUAGAAAAACACGUGAGUGAUGCAGUCUCCAAAGGGGCCACCAUUGUGACAGGUGGGAAGCGACAUCAACUGGGAAAAAAUUUCUUCGAGCCCACCCUGCUCAGCAACGUCACCCGGGACAUGCUCUGCUCUCAUGAAGAGACGUUUGGGCCUCUGGCACCAGUUAUCAAGUUCGAUACAGAGGAGGAGGCGGUGGCGAUCGCUAACGCAGCUGACGUUGGGCUAGCAGGUUAUUUUUACUCUCAAGACCCGGCCCAGAUCUGGAGGGUGGCAGAACAGCUGGAAGUUGGCAUGGUUGGCGUUAACGAAGGCUUGAUCUCCACUGUGGAGUGCCCGUUUGGUGGGGUGAAACAGUCUGGCCUUGGGCGAGAGGGGUCCAAGUAUGGCAUUGAUGAGUAUCUGGAACUCAAGUAUGUGUGUUUGGGAGGCUUGUAGGAUUCUUCGGUUCUUUAAAAAAUAAAAAAAGAAAGCUUAUCUACAUAUAUGAGGACAUGCCAUCCAUUAUUUUAAGUAAACUUGUAGGUCACCUGAA